CAGCAACGACAACAACAACAACACCACUCACAACACACAUACAUCACAUCACCCGCUUCGACCAUGGAACACCGACAAACCAUAGACUCAUCGAUGUCUUCGCUCUACUCGGCUGCCUCCUCAAGUCGCCAGCCCCAACAACACCAACACCAACAACAACAACAUCAACAACAAUCCCAGCUAGAUGCCUUCAAUUAUUCAGCAACAAUGUCAUCAUUAUCGCCAACGCCAAGCCAGGCCAUGUCCACAACCUCGUCCCUACGAGCCACCACCAUUGGCACAGUUGUUGUCCGAUGUGGACCCAUCCAACUGGUGAUAGCGCUAUUGCAAAGCCCCGAAAAAAUCUAUAUUAAAGUUGUGGAACUCGAACCAAAAAUUACUUCGCUAGGAAACAAUUUUGAUGAAUCGUUGCGCAUGCAAAAAGAGCACGAUGAGACUCUUCGCAAUCUACAGAAUCUGCCUGGUCCCAUGGAGGAAUUUGUACAGAAGGCCGACAAAUUGCUGGCCAGCAAAAGAAUCAGUUCAGAGUUGGUCAAUGCCAUGGCCGAUACGCUGAAUAUUAUUUGGCAGGAUAUAUUGAAUCUUCUACAGGAUCGCCAACAUAUAUUAUUGCUGUGCACACAAUUCCAUGACAAGAUGACACAAUGCUUUCGCCGCAUGGAUCAACUGGAAAUGGCCUGCAGUGAGACUUUGGUACCCAUUGAGGUGGCCAGAGUGCAAGAGUUCCUCAAUAGAUUUAAGCAACUGCGCAUAGACAUGUUAACCGGAGUGAUGGCUGCUCUGAAGGAUGGCAAUGAGCUGCUGGCCCAACUGGAGGAAUUGGAAAAAUUGGAGACACUCGACACACGGCCAGAGCACAUUAAGCGAGAUGCGACGAGAGCUGUGCAUCAGGUGCAGCAGUGGCUGGAGGCAUUGCAUGACCGUCGAAAUGCCUUAGAAUUGGCCUGGCAGACGAGAAAGACCCAGCUGGAACAGUGCCUGGCAUUGGCAUUGCUGGGAAGGGAAUUAAUCGACCUGGAGGCGGCACUUCAACAGGCACGUCACGAGUUAAAUACAUUGUACAGCCUCGGCGAAUGCGAACAUACGGCGAAUGAGAUGCUUUGCAAGUAUCGAGAGUGGAAGCAACAGGCGCUGCUGCUAAGAGAUCGAGCCCUCAAAAUCACAAGGGCCAAGGAGAAGGUUCAAGCCUCCGGCAAUUUCGCUGGCGAUGAAGCAUGUGCACGAGCCUAUGCAGUGCUCAGUGGUUGCACCGAACAUUUGGAUCUAAUUGAUCAACGUGAGCAUUGGUUGCAACAAUCUCGUGAGUUCUUCGCCAAGGCCGAGCACACUUUGAGUGUCUUGGAGAAAUUAGAGCUGGAAUUGGCAAGCGUCAAAUUGCCUCCCAAUUCGCCAGAGAGUUAUUCCAUGUAUGCCAAAGUGGCAAGGGAUGUCAGAAAUUUCACUGAAGAACCAUUGCGUCUUGGCUACGGCAUAUUGGAUGAGGUGGGACGCACACAACAGGAGACACUCGGGGUAAAACGUGUGCUGGAUGAGCUAGAGAAUCGCAAGGCAUAUAUAGAAGGUAUCUGUGCCAAUAGCAGUGAGGAUCAGCAACGAGUACAGAAAGCUCUCAGCGAUUUUCUCUCACAGCACAAUGAACUUUUGGCCUGGCUAAGAGCAUCGGGUCAGUUGCAACUUCAGCAGAGUGUCGAUAUGGGACGCAAUGUGCAGCAGGCUAAGCAAUUUCUCUUACAACAUCAUGAGCUAAUGCAGGAUCUUGAGGUUGGUGUAAUUAUUAACAUUCGUUCCGUUCAUUUUUUUUAUCUAAAAAAUUUUGUAUAUUCUCAGAUCAAAGGCGAGCUAAUCAAUUUACUCCUCGAAUCCAUUAAAAUCCAUCUCGAAUCUCUGAGCCCUCAGCAACGUUACGAUGUCGACUCAAAAGCCGAAUCCUUGCACAAACAUUGGAUCGAACUCAAGGAUUUGGUGCUGAAGCGUGUGGAUAAUGUCUCUCUAUUGAUCAAUUUCUUUGAUCAGGCCAACGAGCUCUCUAGUCAGCUGGAUCAUUUGCAGCGUCAACUCCAACAGACUCCGGAUGAGCACAAAUUGCAGUUCCUACAAGCCACCUGGUCACAGUUUGCCUCAAGCUUCAACGAACUGAAGAUGCUGGGCCAGCGAUUCAUCAACCUAAAAAUUGUGGAUCCAUAUCUUGAGACGAAAUCCUCAGCGCAGGCAGUGGAAGAGACGCUAAACGGCUUUAGUAAGCGGCAGGUCGACGUGACGAGCAGUUUGGAAAAUUGGACAACAAGUAUACGAGAGAAGCGUGAAGUGGAAUAUCUCCUUGAGAAAGUCAUGAGUGAUAACGAAGAGACCGUUGCCAAGAGCACCCAAGUGGAUACACAAUUGUAUCCAAUCUUUAGUUCACCCAGUGUCGAGUCGAAGCAACUAUUGACAAGCACCCGUGAGAAACUUUCUCAUGUUAGCCAGGAUAUCGAACGAGCUCAGGAUGAGAUACAACAACGCAUUCAAACUACAUUAUCGAUUCAAACAAAGGAUCAACAGUCAAUAUCUAAGAUCGAGCAGGUUAUCAACAAUUUGCGCAUGCUUAAGGCAAAACUAGAUGGCAUCAAGUAUGACUAUCGCACUCUUGUCGAAAGCAUAUUGCAAUUCCUCGAGAAUAUCGUACAAUUGCGUCGCGAAAUUGAUGAGUACUUUGCCAAACAGCAGCAUCAGCAACAGCAACAGGGAUCCGGAUUGGGCGUAGAGCGCUCCAUAGCCGAGCACGAGAGAUUCCGCGAUCAGUGUAUGGAUAAAUUUAGAUCGUUAAUCACACAAUCCGAACUGUUGAUCGAUCGUGUACGUGUACUGGAGCCGCCGGGUGCUCGCGAAAUCGACACCGAUCGCAUAUUGAAGUUGUUGGAGAAUUUGCGUAUUCACUUCGAAUCGAAUAGCAGUGCCAGAAUGUCGACACUGGACCGCCUUGAGAAGAUCGAGCAAUUCCGCAAUGAUCUAGAGGAUAUUGAUCGUAGUCUGGAUAGUGUUAGCAAACAGCUGCACGAUAUCAAUGGACAGAGUGUGGAUAGUUUGGCUGCAGCCAAAACCACAUCGUUGGCGUUUGAGUAUUUUGAACGUACCAUAGAGUGUUCAAUGCCCAAGCAAUUGAAAUCAACGCCCCAUCAAAGACGCUGGGGCCAAACAGCACACACAAUUGAGCUACUCGAGAAGCGUAUUGAAAAGUUUACCGAGUCCACUAGUCAACAGCUAUUGAUCAGUAAUCCAGAGAGCGAACUUUAUGUUAAGGACGAGCUACGCAAGCUCAACGACAAAUGGCAAAGCUUCAAGGAUCAAGUGAAGCAAAAACGAAAGAGUCUCAAUCAGGCAACCGAAUUCUUUGAGGUCGUCGAAAAGAUCGAUGCAGAAUAUCGUGAGAUUAGUUACUUUUACAGUAGCGUCUCGAACAAGGUUCCAUAUCUGCGCGAUGCUGUCGAAGCCUCUAAUCUGGUCAAUGACAUUGAGAAAUAUGUAACGAAUCGUGAGGCAGCGCUCAGAUCUAAGUUGGACAGUGCCUCACAGUGUGCUCAUGAUAUGACCAAAGUCUCGACUCUCUACAACGAUGUGAUGAACAUUUUCCAAUCGUUUAUCAAACUGAAAAUGGACAUUAACAUCGUCCAGGAGCGUUUGAAGCAUGAGCAACGACAACGUGAGCAAAAUGAACGUGAGGCCCGUGACCAAGCGGAGCGUGAAAAGGCUAUGCGUGAGGCAGAGGCCAGAGAAAGAGCGGCACGCGAAGAGCAAGUUCGACUGGAGACACAACGCCAGCAGGCAGCAUUGGAACAGGCCCAGCGAGAGCUGGCCGCUCGAGAGUUGUCCUUGCGAGAGCAGGCAGUCCGCGAAGAGGAGGCACGCCUACAGGCAGUACGAGAACAAACAGCCCGCGAGCAAUUGGCCCGCGAACAGGCCGCCAGAGAGGAGGAACAACGCAUACAGACCCUUCGAGAGAUUGCCAAGAGGGAGGAGGAAGUGCGUUUGCAAUCCAAACGCGAGGAGGAGACUCGCAUUAAGCGUGAGGAGGAGUCCCGCAUGAAGCGUGAAGAAGAGGCACGCAUACAGCGUGAGGAGAUCGCGCGCCUGCAAACAUUACGCGAUCAGGUUGAUCAACAGCGCAUUGUGACCGAGAACAUACGCAAGGAUAUUCAAGUGAAUCAAAUUUUCACCGAACUCCGCUAUGCCUCUCCUCUAUUUACACGCCCACUCAAGGAUGCGGUGACCCGGGAGGGCGUACGCUUUGUUUUCGAGUGUGAGGUGACUGGAACACCAGAGCCAACUGUCGAGUGGUUUAAGGAUGGCAUCAGCAUUGUAUCUAAUGCCGAUUACAAGACCACAUUUGAUAAGGGCAUUUGUCGUUUGGUCAUUGAGGAAACUUUUGCCGCCGAUUCGGCGCGCUUCAGUUGCCGUGCCUCGAAUUUGGUUGGCACUUGUGACACCAAUGCCACACUGGCAGUCCGAGAGAAUGCCACAGAAUUGCAGCUAGUGCCGCCACGCAUUGUACGAUUUUUGGAAAGUGGCAAGGCCACCGAAGGCAGUUCCUUCCAAUUCUCUUGCGUAGUAUCGGGAGUUCCAUUGCCCACUGUACAGUGGUUCAAGAACGACAAAUGCAUCGAUGACUCACCCGAUUAUGUCAUCAGCUAUAAUAACGGCGAGGCGAAUCUAAGAUUCGAAGAAGUCUUUCUCGAAGAUGAUGCAGUUUACACUUGUAGUGCCUCGAAUCCGGCUGGCAUUGAGCACUGUUCAGCUAGUUUAAUAGUAGAACCAUUGGAGCCCACUGAACUGCCCAGUUUUAAGGUACCCUUAUCUAAUGCCAUGGCUCGCGUGGGUCAAAAAAUCAAAUUGGAGGCCAUUGUCAGUGGCAUUCCAAGACCAGACAUAUAUUGGCUACACAAUGGCAAACCAUAUCAGCCCCGCGAUUCCAAGUAUGAAUACGGACGCGUAACGUUAAUAAUACCGCAAGCUUAUCCCAACGACGCCGGAUCUUACGUGUUGAGUGCCAAAAAUCUAGCUGGCGAGGCUUAUAGUCACUGCAACGUUAUUGUAAAGGGUCGCCUGCCGAACGAGACUUCAGACUCUGAGAUGGCUAGCGAUAUUGAGCCCAUAAAGCCCGCUGUACACAUCCCAUUGAAGGAUGUAUCCAUAUUCGAGGGAAAAUCUGUGCGUUUGGAUUGUGUGAUUGUGGGACAACCAGAGCCAGAGGUCAUUUGGUAUCAUAAUGAGCGUCCUGUCAAAGAAUCGGCAGAUGUUCAGCUUCUCUUCCAAGGAGAUCGUUGCUCUCUAAUCAUUCAAGAAGUGUAUCAGGAGGAUGCUGGUAACUAUAAAGUGGUGGCCAUUAAUUCAGCUGGCGAAACAUCGAGCAGUUGUGAGCUAAAAGUGACGCCAUUGAAUCAGGCUGAGCCGGCCACUAGGGCCCAAGCGGAGAGACAAUCACUGCCAAAGGAUACCCAACCGAAAUUCGAGAGACUUCUAUCCGACGUAUUGGUGGACGAGGGUGAACAGGUGGUCCUAGAGGUUCAGGCCAGUGGCGAUCAACCACUGACCGCCCAAUGGUAUUUAACCAAUAGGGAGGUGCAUUUGGAUGAUCGUGUAACCAGCCAGGAAGACAACGAAUUAGGUAUCUUCAAGUUAAUUCUCAACAAUGUCAGUGCCCAGGAUAAGGGUGUGUAUACCGUAAAGGUAUCCAAUCGGGCUGGCGAUGCCAAGUGUUUCUCUCACCUGAUUGUCAAGUCUGUAAAUGCCCCAGAGAAUCGCCGAAGCAGUCAGUCAUCAGUGGAAAUCGUUGAAAGACACUUGUGUCCUGAAUUCAAAGAGCUAUUUAGCGAUAAACAGGCUCACAUCGAUGAUGUUGUCAAAUUCGAGUGCAUUGUGAAGGGCAAGCCUACCCCUAAAGUGCAUUGGUUCUUCAAUGAUCAGCCAGUGCAUGGACACAAUUUCCUCGUGUCGACCAGUGGUGAGCGACAAGUCUUGACCAUACAGAAGCUAACCCACGAUGCAGUGGGUAAGAUAAGCUGCGUUGCCGAGAACGAGGCGGGUAAGGCCACCUGUGUGGCAUUCCUCAAUAUAAUUGGCAGUGGAAUACCAGCGACAAGUGAAGUUCAGACCAUGUCCCAGGAGCACAAUACCGAAUCCUCGAGAGUAACCAUCAAGAAGCAAACUUAUACCACAACUUCCACCUCACAGGUCAAUUCGUAUGAGGGCAAUGUGCCACAAACUGAAGUCCAUCAUUCUUCAGCCCACAUAGAUCAAUCCCUCAAACAAUUGGGACAACAACGUCCCGAAAUUGUGGAGAGCCAUCAUUACCAGGAGUUGCACAAGAGCAAAGAGAUGACCAGUCCCAGUGUGCAACAGAAAUCAUUCACUCUCUUCCAAUCGACCAAUGGAGGAGGAGGUUCAUCACAAGCUCUGGUUAUUCCCGAUUCGCCCACUCGUCUGCGCAAGGAGAUUGCCCCACGGUUCACAACCCCACUUACUGGCAAAAUUGUUGAUCAGGGUGCCGAUGUCAGUAUGGAAGCCAUCUAUGAUGGUUAUCCAUCGCCCGAAAUAAAAGUGGAGAAGAAUGGGGGACAACUCUUCGAUGAUGGACAUACGAAAAUUUCAAAUAAAUUUAAUCGUGUGACCAUCGAACUGAAGCAAGUAGGCGUGGCAGAUGCAGGACGUUAUGCGGUAACAGCGUCUAAUGCGGUGGGUCAAUCGACAAGUACAGCCGACUUGGUGGUGAAAAAGACCGUAUUCCCACCAGUCUUUGGCCGACGUCUGCAGGCACAGGUUAGUAAGAAAGGAGAAAAACUAAUUAUGGAAGUGGAAGUGACUGGAUUACCCGAUCCAACGGUGAUUUGGCUAAAAGAUGAUAAGCCAUUGAAGGAGUCGGGCAUUUCUGAACAUCGUCUGCUUGCCCAGGGCAAUUCCUAUCGUUUGAUUAUAGAGCGAGCCCAAACUACCGAUUCUGGCAAAUAUAUGGUAAAGGCUACCAAUGCUGGUGGUGAGGCCAAGAGCAUAGCCGAUUGUGCCAUACUGGAACCAUCGCCGGAACGUAUGCAAGAAGUUGUCAAGACCAUUGUGUAUGAGACGACGCCGGUGGCGGUUGCAGCAAGUGAAUUCAAAACUGAAAAUCCAAAUCAAAAUCAAAACCAGAUCCAAGAGCCGCAAUCUUAUCAAACAAAUCAAACUGAUGUAACCACAGCCAAUGAUCUGCAUGGUCUAACCGAGUCGAAAGUUAUCACUGAGCAUCGUUGCACCACCGAGGCAACAAUGCGUUUAGAACACAAAUCGACUUACCUUGAUCUGCCCGAGCUCUCAGUGCGACCCAAGACACCACCCACCAAUACCAUGACCACCACAACCACCACCACCAACAACACCACCGCCAACAACAUCCACAACACUGCCAGCAUGGAUCAAUUCGAUACAACGACACAAACCAACAAUUCGACCAGCUUCAAAACUGGAAUAACACAAAUCCCACCGCCAGUGCCACCAAAGCCCUGUCCCCCAGUGGUGGCAACCACAUAUGGUCAGCAGCAACAGCAACAACAACAACAACAAGCACCCCUACCAUCACUGCAAAUGCAGACCCAGACGAGCACUAGAUAUGAGCAGAGCGAACAGAAAUCCUCGUCCUCCUCCUUUGAUUACUUUAAGAAAAUUGAUGAGGAGACUGUAACGCAACGACCAAAACCAUUGGCAUUUAAGCCACUCGAAACAGUGGUGCGUCAACCGCAAGCCCAAAAUCUGGCUGAAGAGCUAAGGACAUUGAAUCUCAUACCAGGAGCACCACCAGAAUUUUGCUAUACACCGAAACCAGUUGAGCCGAAGCCGGUGGAACCCAAAGUUCCGUUGAUCAGUGAGAAAAUAAAAAUACUCGAAGAAAUUAAACCCAUAGAGGCACCACCACAGGGUGGAGUAUCGGUUUUUCCACCGCCCUUGGGUCUUCAGACAGUGCAGCAUGACACAACUAUGACAAAGGAGGUGAAAGUGGAAUAUGGACAGCCAAUAGUCCGUCCGGCGGCAGUGCUAGCCACACCUGCCCAGCAGAAUCCGCGCUCACCUUCACCCAAACCCUCGGCUGAGGGUGUGGCCAUGUCUAAAUUGUGGACACCAACUGGUGUAAGCGGCUAUUCCAGCGAUGUGGAACAGAAAACAGAGCGUAGUAUUGUAACCAAAUUGCCAACACCCACGCCGACCAAAGAGCUGAAUGCACCCUUCUUGGUGCAGCAGGUGGCCAAGAGUAUUCCCCAGGCUAUACCACCACCAACCAGCACCACACACUUGGUUAACAUUGAACUGGAGCCAGGAACUCCACCAGAGAUCUGUUUUGCCCCAAAAACGGAUGAAGUGCGUCGUCAUUCGCUAGUUGAAACAAUGGAACAGAAACUGGAACAGAAUCUCAUACAGGGACCCAGUAAAGUGUUGCCACACUCAGUGCCUACCCUGACACCACAGCCACAGACAAAACCGUUGGCCAGUAGUUCCUAUCGCCCACCGCCACCCGUGAUCCCUGUACCACGGCUCGGCGGCCAUUAUGAGAGUGAUUACGAGAGCGAUCGCUACAAGUACAGUGGCAGUGAGUCCGAUGCCGAGCCGGGCAAUCGAAACCGCCAGCAGCAGCACCCACAGCAGCCGAUCACUAUGGAAACAUCAUUCAAAUCGAGUGGCUACGCAGCCGAUACCGAAGAGCAUUCUAGCUAUCGCAAAUCCGAGACAAGUUACUACGAAACCAAGUCAUCAUCGCUGUCGUCGACAACACAUCCGAAGUUGCAGCCAGAGCCGCCUGCACAGAUUUAUAUAACGCCGAAGGUGGCGCCACCGCAGCAAGCACCACCACCGCAACCACCGACACAAUCAAACUACAGUCAGGAGGCGAAGGAUUACAAAUACACUUCCUCGAGCAUGACAAGCAACAUUUCGCAAAAUAUACAAAGCAGCAGCAGUUCCAGUCAUCACGAGACGAAAUACUCUUCGACUGGAACACCAGGCAUCUCUGUGGUAAACCAGCCCAGUCCAGUGCCAGCACAACGGAAAACACCCGCUGCCGAGUUCAGUGAUUAUAGCAGCGAAAUUGAUGAACGCUUCCGUUCAGUUUCGCGGGCCAAUGAAUCGGAUUCGGACAUCAAGGGCUAUAGGGUUGUAUUCCCGCCCACCCCGACGCCACGGACAAACAUUGCCAAUGGGCAUAAGUCACCUGUGGUUGUGGUGACGCCAUCACCCAUGGAGUUUGAGCCCACGCCAGCGGAAGUGGGAAGUAGCUAUGCAGCCCGUCCCAAAUUCGAACCGAUUGGCGGCAAGGAGAUUCGUCAUGAGAUCAAGACGGAAACCAGUUCCAAACACUACAACAAGUCCAGUCAGCUGCACCAACAGCCAACUCAGCAGGUCUUCAAGCCUAAGCCCGUGGCAGCCAAGUUUAUAGCGGCCACCCAGCAACAGCAACAGCCGCAGGCAACUUCCCGUCCUACCAUGUACUAUAAUGCGGUAGCUGGAGCUCCCAUGCACACCGCCAAGGUGGCCACCGAAACCAAGAAUGUUAUGCAGAUGCAUGAGUCGACGGAGAGCUCCCAGAGGAUCGUAAAUAUGCAGCAAACCAAGCGAGUUAUUCAUUUUGAUAAUCAACAGCAGCAACAGCAGCAGCAGCGGCAACAGCAGCAGCCUCCUCUUGAACCCUUCCCGUAUAGCCCGGCCACUAGUCGGACUCCUUCGCGUCAAUCGCAUUUACCGCCACCAGCCACACCAACCAAAUUCAUACCAGGCGAAUACCGUGAAAGUGACUACGAAAGCGAGGUGGAAGGUGCCAGAAUUCAACCGCUUUGGUCGCCCUAUGGCGAUGGUCUAACCAAGGGCUAUCGUCGGGUUGCCGCACCUCAAUCGGGCGGACGUUCGUGCAGUCUCCCACGCACCUACGAACGCGUUCUAUCGCCCAUGGAGUUCGAUCGUGGCCCGGAAAUGCCUACCAAAAUCCAUGUAGAUGUGAAUACACUGCGCAAGGAGCAACGUGGCGGAAGUACAGUGACCACACAAAAUCGCACACAAUCCUUAAAUAGGAAUGCAACUAUGAGGCAACAAUAUCCAGCUUCACAAGAUCAAUUGGAUCGGGCUGGAACAAUGCCGCGUUAUGGUUAUUCUCAAUCCAUUCAGCAACAGGCCGAGAGUCAAGGACAACGCAUGGGUUCAACUUUCCUCCAGAAGUCGCAUCAGUUCAUUGACGAUGUCAGUCGUGAUGUAAACCAGACUCGCACGAAUGGUAUACGUCCCGGUUUCAAGCGGGCUCCCAGUGAGGGCAGUAAUCAACCGCAGGCUUAUCGCGAUGAGUCGCGAGUAUCUCAAUACGGCACCAAAUGCAUCGAUCCCAAUACCGGUUUAAUCUAUUUCAAAUACGACUUUGGCUAUGAGUUUGGCAUACUAUUUCCCGGUGAGGGUCACAAGUUUGUGCAUAGCCAGUGGAAUAGCAACGGUGGAAGUGGCCCCACCAACUCACCUAUCAAGAAUGGCCGUCAUUCGCCCUAUCCUCUUAAAAUGCCAGCUGGCAAUGAGCUGAUCAUACCCGUUCAACAUGAACGUACAGCCGCAGGUGCACCACCAGCAGGGGUAUCGACGGGACGUACUACACCCGGUUAUAGUUCCGACAAUGAGACACAACAUCGCAUCGUUAGGCGGCGCAACUUUACGCCAAAUUCGCCGAUGGCAUCAUAUUACCAGAAACGAUACAGUUUGCCCACCAAUCACAGCCUCGAUAUACAUCUAGAUCGUUUGCAUGCUCAGGCACCGCGUCUACCGCCCGAGCAAAUGGUCCGCACAGUGCCGGAACUGCCCAAUACGGAGCCUGUCAAUGCCCAUCUGAAUCGCGAUGAGCAGGCACAAAGGCCGCCAUUAUUCAUAACGCCACUGAAAGACAUUGCAGUGGGCGUGGGCGGAACAGCACGUUUCGAGUGCAUUGUCCAGGCGCAUCCGCAGCCGCAGGUUAACUGGACACACAACGGUGGCCAUUUGGAGCACGGUAGCCGGCAUUUCAUUGAGUACCGGAAUGGCGUAUGCCGUCUAACUUUGCCACAGGCCUAUCCGGACGACAAUGGUAGCUAUGUUUGCACCGCCAUGAAUCCGCUGGGAGCGGCCAGCACUAGCGGAAAUUUGAAUGUCUCGAGCACAAAUCGUGGAUUUAGAUAUUAAGAUCAAGAGAUAGGAUGAUCAUUAUGAUGUUUUCACCUAUAUAUUAACUACCUAUACGUAUAUAUAUUACUUAAAUAUAAAACAUUUUUUUUGUUCUUUUUUUUUUGCUCUCUUGUACAAUUAUGAUUUGUUCAAUGCCAAAGUUUACCUUAUUGUGUGUUAUACGUAUGAAUGUACCAAGUGCAAAUGCUUUUUCUUCAACACCCCCUUCCCCACCAAAACCCUUCCGCGAUUCAUGCAUACAAAAAAGGAAUAUACAUAGUAUUACUUGUGUUUUUGUCUCAAUAAUAAAUCUCUAUGAAAAACGAAAA